UGUAUGGAACAUCCCACUCCCCAGUCAGCACUUACAAACUUCUCACAGUAGAAGAAGAAGAAAAAAAGAAGAAAAAACUAGAACUCCUCCCUCCUACCCACACAGACAGUUUUUUUUUUAGUGUCUAGCUCUGUCAUAUGUGCAGACAAACAGCAGACACAUGACGAGUCGGAGACGAAGAAGACCACCUCUCGCAUGUAACAAUGGAAAUGUGGCUGAAACUGUCGACUCUGCUGUUUCUCACAGCCCUGGUGAUAUCUGGUCAAGCUUUUGUGAUUCUGGAUGAAAUGCCAAAAAGAAUGGAAGUUGCUUUUGGUUCCUCUGUGAAUUUCCAAUGCGGCUUGAAGGCUGUGGACGAUAGCAGAUUUUGGGUAAAAUGGUAUUUCAACCCAUCUGGAGCUUCGUUCAAUGAAUCGCACCAAUUCUGUAACAAAUCUGUAAAGCCCUCUAACCAAACAAACCAGGACCUGAGGGAGGAAGAGCCAGACACUCAAUGUUGGAUUAAAUCAAAUGUAACACACCAGGACAGCGGAUGGUACUUUUGCAAAGUCACAAUAGAAAUUCCGUCAUUAACCCAUAAGUGCAGCAAUGGAACAGAAGUAAUUAUUUCAAAGAGUGAAGAACAUACAUCGCACCCGUCACUACCCCUAGUGACAAGCAAACAAGCUACUGUGUCUCACACAUACAACGUCCAUCUCAACCACUGGAUCUGGAUCCUGCUGGGGGUAUCUACUUUCAUCCUGAUUGUCCUGCUGGUCCUAUGUGUCUUGCUGAGAAGAAGACUCCGCAGAAGCAGAGGAGAAGAUCCUAUCUAUGCAAACACUCGUCCUGUGGCCAACAAACAGCCUUCACCUCGGCCGGCGAUGGCCGUGGACAACCUGAAGACGGCUUCUUCCUCUCAAAACCUCCGGAACCCAAGUCCAGGCAGGAGAUACGACGAUGGCAAACAUAGAUACAAACAUUGAAAAAGUCAUGGACCUCACAACCCCUCCUCACAUUUAGUUACGGCCUUUACCUGUCUUUUUUUAUUAUCAUAAUGUUUCCUGGUGUCAUGUGUUUUUGUGGUACAGACUGCUACAGAAUUGGAAAUGUGUAUGUAGCCUUCUUCUCGGAUAUUUGCUGUAAAAUAAAUAGCUAUUAUGAGCCACUAGAUGGCAGAUUGAGGCUAGCAAUGUGUUCAUUCAAAAUGAUCUUUUAUCUUUUCUUUUGUUUGUAUUUCAACUCCUAAAAGUAUUAGAACAUGUUGCCAAC